CCGGCCCCGGCCGGCAUGAUGUGCCUGGAAUGCGCCUCGGCGGCGGCGGGCGGCGCGGAGGAGGAGGAGGCGGACGCCGAGCGGAGGCGCCGGCGCCGGGGGGCGCAGCCAGGGACUGGCGGUAGCUCUUGCUGCGGGGCGCGGGGCGCGGGGGGCUCUGGAGUCGUGUCCGCCGACGAAGAGGUGCAGACGUUGUCCGGCAGCGUGAGGCGGGUCCCGUCCGGACUCCCCAGCAUCCCCAGCACCCCGGGCUGCGCAGCCGCUGCCAAGGGCCCCGGCGCGCCGCAACCCAAACCCGCCAGCCUGGGCCGAGGGCGGGGGGCAGCCGCUGCCAUCCUGAGCUUGGGCAACGUGCUCAACUAUCUGGACAGGUACACCGUGGCAGGUGUUCUUCUGGACAUCCAGCAGCACUUUGGGGUCAAGGACCGGGGCGCCGGCUUGCUGCAGUCAGUGUUCAUCUGCAGCUUCAUGGUGGCUGCCCCCAUCUUCGGCUACCUGGGUGACCGAUUCAAUAGGAAGGUGAUCCUCAGCUGUGGCAUCUUCUUCUGGUCGGCCGUCACCUUCUCUAGCUCUUUCAUCCCUCAGCAGUACUUCUGGCUGCUGGUCCUGUCCCGAGGGCUGGUAGGUAUCGGUGAAGCCAGCUACUCCACAAUAGCACCCACCAUCAUCGGCGACUUGUUUACCAAGAACACACGCACACUUAUGCUGUCAGUCUUCUAUUUUGCCAUCCCACUGGGCAGCGGCCUGGGCUACAUCACAGGUUCCAGCGUGAAGCAGGCAGCUGGAGACUGGCAUUGGGCCCUGCGGGUGUCCCCUGUUCUGGGCAUGAUCACAGGAACACUCAUCCUCAUCCUGGUCCCAGCCACUAAGAGAGGCCAUGCUGAUCAGCUUGGGGGGCAGCUCAAAGCACGGACCUCGUGGCUUCGAGACAUGAAGGCUCUGAUCCGAAACCGCAGUUACGUCUUUUCCUCCCUGGCCACAUCUGCCGUGUCCUUCGCCACAGGGGCCCUGGGCAUGUGGAUUCCCCUCUAUCUGCACCGUGCUCAAGUUGUACAAAAGACCGCAGAGACGUGCAACAGCCCGCCCUGCGGAGCCAAAGACAGCCUCAUCUUUGGGGCCAUUACCUGCUUUACUGGCUUUCUGGGAGUGGUCACAGGUGCGGGAGCCACUCGCUGGUGCCGCCUGCGGACCCAGCGGGCUGACCCACUGGUGUGUGCUGUGGGCAUGCUGGGAUCUGCCAUCUUCAUCUGCCUCAUCUUUGUGGCCGCCAAGACCAGCAUUGUGGGCGCUUAUAUAUGCAUCUUUGUUGGGGAGACACUACUGUUUUCUAACUGGGCCAUCACUGCAGACAUCCUCAUGUAUGUGGUCAUUCCCACCCGACGAGCCACAGCUGUGGCCUUGCAGAGCUUCACCUCCCAUCUGCUGGGGGAUGCUGGAAGCCCCUACCUCAUUGGCUUUAUCUCGGACCUAAUCCGCCAGAGCACCAAGGACUCCCCGCUCUGGGAGUUUCUGACUGGCUAUGCCCUCAUGCUGUGCCCUUUUGUUGUGGCUGGGGGCAUGUUCUUCCUUGCCACCGCUCUCUUCUUCCUCAGCGACCGUGCCAAGGCUGAACAGCAGGUGAACCAGCUGGUGAUGCCGCCUGCAUCCGUGAAAGUCUGAGGUGGUGCAGCUGGGACAGCAAUGAUCUGCAAUUUAGAUUGGGAGAGGUCCUCCAGCAUCCUGGACCUGCAGGACCGUCCCAAAGCUUCCCGUGUGACUCACGGCUGGGUACACACCCUCUUUGGCCCAGGACUGAGUGGCCCAAUCUCCAAGAAGCUGCAUCCUCAGUUACCAUGGAGGACUGUGUGUGCUGGAGCCACUCAGUUGGACACAAUUCCAGCCCUGGUUGGGGGCUGCAGGGCCAAAGAGAAGUCAGCCUGCAGUGGGUAUUUGGGGAAAGCCUGGCCGGCCCUUAGCUCAUGUGAUCUUGAGGGAGCCCCUAUCCUCCCUAGACAAUGGGGCCAAGGAGCUGGAGCUUCCUCCAUUGCGUGCCUUCCAAGGCGCCCUCCACAGCUUUGAAGAAACAAGUCCUAGGCUGUACACAGAAGACAUGACCCAAGUCUCAGGACCUCAGUUCUGGUUCUGAGGUCUCCCAAAAGUUCUGGUGUACAGGGACUACUUGCCCAUUCCUAGGCUCUAACCUUGGGGCCAUCAAAUUCAGCCUGACCCGUGGAGCUGGGUACCUGCUGUUGGGACAGUCACCCUGAAGGACACUGUCUCUGCUGUCUUCAGCUGGGUCUUUGCCCAGAGGUUUCCCCAGGUGGGACCACCCCUUAGAGGACUGAAGCACUAGGGGUGUGCACCCUGGCAGCACCUGCACCAGGGGCUGAGACCUUGAGAACCUACUUCCUCACCCCAUCCCCCAACUCCUGCUGUGCCCCAGAAGCCACUCCCCCCUACAAGAUGACCUUUUCAAUGG